AUGGGCUCUUGUGGUGAACCUGCAAUUGUUGCUGAUCCUGUUGGAUUGUCUGUAAUUGAGCAGCAGCAGCCGUUGAACUCGGGGUUACCGGAGUCGUGUUUGGAUGAUCCUUGUAAUGUUUUAGACCUUGAUGGUAUGGGGGAUGGUUUUAUUGGGGAGGGUGGUGUAGGUUGUUCUGGAAGCUUUGUUGAUGUUGUUAAUACUGAGGAGUCUGGAGAUGGUUUGAGAAAUGAAUGUGAGAUUGAUGAUUUAUUACAAUUGGAGAUAGGUGCUGAAGAUGGUUGUCGGAAUAGUUUGGGGGUUUGUUCUGAGGAUAUUGACGUUUCUGAUUUUAUAAGUGAUGGAUUGCACUCGGAGGGAAAUUUUAAAGAUGAAGGUAAGGUCGACCUGCCAAAUGAUUUGCAGACGGAUUGUGGUGAACAGGGUGAGCAGAAGGAUGAGAAGAGCGUUGUUUUAUCGAUGGCAGGAGAUAAUUCGGAAGUUGUGGAAGACAAGGAUGAUGGUGCUGAUUUGAUAGCAAGGGCUGUCAGCUGUGUGCUUGGCACCGGUCAUUCUGACGUUUCCCUUGAGUCGGAUUUCAUGAGAGAUUGGCUAGUUGAUUGCAUCCAGAAAAAUGAGCCAGAGGGGCUUAUGAGAAAUGGGAUGGAAGCCAAUUGCUGGCAGAUAUCUUCUUCGUUGGACGUGGAAGAAGUGCCGUCAGGUGCUUUACUUAUAGACACAAAACUAGAAAGCACAAGUGAUAAGCUGCACGAUCAAAAAGAUGGUGUGGAUUGUGACAGUGCCUGCGAAGAAAAGAUAAGAGCCACUGUUGUUAAAGAAAUCACUGAUGAUUCACAUGUAAAAUCAUCACCCUCACCUGAUUUUCGUAACAACUUGAGGAAUUCACCCGUAGUUGAUUCACUAUGUCAGCCUGCCUUGUUGGAUCCAGGGAGUGAAUUGAAGAAUGGCAUAUUGCAAAUAGAAGAUAAUUUCUGCGUAUUGAAGGAUAGUUCUGCAGAUGGAACUGGUAACUCUACCAUUCAGGAAUCAUUUUAUCCAGAAUCAGGCCAGUCCUCUUCUGUUUUAAUCACCAGUACCUCUCCAAAGGAUGUGCCAGAUCUUCUUUCCAAGGGUAACAGUGUUUCCAUCAAGGAUACUUGUCCUGUAGACAAUCCUGGACAGACAAAUAAUGAUGGACAAGAAGCUGUUGAAGUUGAUUAUAUCACUGAAAGCACACUGUUACCUUCUCAAAGUAACAGUCAAACAACCAAAUUUGGUCGUAAUACACAAACCAGAAAGGCUUCUAGAAAAUCCACAAACAAAGCCAGUGCAACACAUUCAAGCGGGGGUAUGAAGUUAAAUUUAGAGGCUGUUAGGAAGAAAAGAAGUUGUUUAUCCAAACCAGCUAGAUCAUCUGCCUGGGGAUUGCUGGGGAAUGUUGAACAGUUUUUUCAGUAUGAAAAUGAGCUUGAUGUUAAUGAAGCCAUGUGCCAGGAUGUUGGAAAGGCUAGAAACAACUGUCAAGGUGGGAAAACAACUAAGAAUGAUACAAUUUCUAGCUCAUUAAGUUCAAUUCCAAAGGAUAAUGUUUCAACUUCAACUACUCGUUUUCGUCUGAAGAUCAAGUUUGGAAAAGAAAAUGAUUUACCGGCGGCUUCUGCUUCCUACAAGGGGCCUGAUUCAGGUUCUCAGAAAGUAACCAGCAAUUCUGCAGAUAAACUUUCUGUAGUGUUGGCAUUAAACAGUAUAGAAUCAUUCAGAAAAGACCCAGACAAGGAUCCUGUGGUUCUAAAUGGACACACUGUAAAUAGCCAAUUAGAAAAUUCUAAAAUAACAGAGAAGUCAGAAGGGGAUGCAGAGGAACCAUGUCACGCAGUUCCUCCAGAGACAGUGGUUGAAGCGUUAGUUAAGCCAAUUAAUAAUUCAGCUGUAGAUCCUGGAACAUCACCCGAUUCAGAAGUUAUUGAUUCAAUUCCUGAAGUCCAGGCUGGAGAAAGACAUGAAGAUGUACAUCUUGAUGUGUUAGGUUCUUCUAACGAGUUAAAUUCUAAUUUGGAUGUUACCUUCCGGAAGAAAGGGAAGAAGAAAGACAAGCUUAUUGGUUCAGGCAAUUGUAUCACCGAGGAUGGAUCACAUGGUCAACCAGGUAAUAAUGGAGCUAUGCAUUCAAAGAAUCAUAGACAUAAGAACUGUAGUGACGUGGUUAGCUCUCUAGAAUUCUCUACUUCCACCGAGCUAAGCAAAUCUAUGAAGAGUAAAGAAUUGGCUGCAGAAUCAUUGCCCCUUUCUGGGGAGACUGUACUUGGAGGUUCCGCCAAGGCUUUGAAAGCUAAAAGUCACGUGACAGUUGGCGAAACAUCUGGUGGUCAUGAAUUUUCUAAAUUCCAGGGUUCCGAGGAUUUGCCGUCUUCUACAAGACCUUUGGGUCGUAAACUACCUAGAAGUCUUGAACCUACUAGUAAAUUUAGCAAGGAAAAAACCAAUGCUUCUGACUUGACAAGCAGGAAAAAGACUACUACUAGACGCAAGGAGAAACAGAAAGAGCCAGUUAACAAAAGUGAAGUCAAGGGAAAGGGUCUCUCUCUCAAAGUUACACAUGAAGUGGAAGAUUGCCCUCAUCCAGCAGAUGUAGAUGGAAAUCAUAAGUUGGGCGCCGUUGUAAAAAUUAAUCCCAGUGACAACAGCAGAGUAUCAGUCAAUGCAGACAUCAUGCCUGGUUCGGGUUUGGGAGAACAACCUCAGUCACCGCGUAAUGCAUGGGUGAGUUGUGAUGAUUGCCACAAGUGGCGGCGUAUUCCAGCUCUGCUUGCAGACCGGAUUGAUGAAACUAACUGCACCUGGACUUGCAAAGACAGCGGUGAUAAAGCUUUUGCUGACUGUGCUAUUCCUCAAGAAAAAUCAAAUGCAGAGAUUAAUGCAGAAUUAGGAUUAUCAUAUGCAUCUGGUGAAGAAGAUGUACGAGACGACUCCAAAAAUUAUAAGGAAUUGGAAUAUCGACUACCAAUGGUUUCCCAAGGGUCAUCUUUCACCCACAUUUCCACCAACGAGUUUCUGCACCGCAAACCGAAAACUCAGACUAUUGACGAGGUAAUGGUUUGCCAUUGCAAGCCACCUCCAGAAGGCAAGUUGGGAUGUGGGGAUGAAUGUCUAAACCGGGUGCUUAACAUUGAAUGUGUGCCAGGAACUUGCCCAUGCGGGGACCGUUGUUCUAAUCAGCAGUUCCAAAAUCGCAAGUAUUCCAGACUGAAGUGGUUUAAAUGUGGGAAAAAAGGUUAUGGACUGAAGGCACUUGAGCGGGUAGCCAAAGGCCACUUUAUUAUUGAAUACGUUGGAGAGGUCCUUGACACACAUGCAUAUGAGGCACGUCAAAAAGAGUAUGCUUUGAAGGGUCAUAGGCAUUUCUAUUUUAUGACCUUGAACGGCAGUGAGGUGAUAGAUGCAAGUGCAAAAGGAAAUUUGGGGCGUUUCAUUAAUCAUAGUUGUGAUCCUAACUGUCGGACAGAAAAGUGGAUGGUGAAUGGGGAAAUCUGUAUUGGAUUGUUUGCAUUGCGGCAUAUCAAGCAGGAUGAAGAAUUGACGUUUGAUUACAACUAUGUAAGGGUUUUUGGUGCUGCUGCCAAAAAAUGUUAUUGUGGGUCACCUCAUUGUCGAGGUUAUAUAGGCGGUGGUGAUCCACUUAAUGAUGGGCUUAUAGUUCAAGGCGAUUCAGAUGAUGAAUUUCCAGAACCAUUGAUGCUCACUGAAAAUGGUGAAGUUGAGAACAGCACACCUAUGCCCAAGUACUAUGAUAAUGUUGAUACAGUGUCUUCUAGGCAUUUAUUAACAGACAUGGAUGUAUUGGACAAGUCUACAACUGCUAUAUAUGCAGAUGGUUCUCCGGAGAAAGAUAGUUCUAUGAACCAUGCCUCUGCUGUUUCCCUGUUGCACAGUUCAGUUGAAGUGGAAGACUCAAAAGGCAGUUUACCAUCUUCUGAUCGAAUAGAAGAAAUGUCUCAACAAAUGGAGGAUACAACAAGCAAACCCAUGCCAGCUGUCAGCGAAGUGUUGUCGAAUUCUACUGAUAGUAGAAAAUCCAAGUUUGAAAUGGUUGAAGGCAGAAAUGGUUUUUCACAAUCACAUCUGCCUGUGAAAACUCCUCAAAGAAGUGCUUCUGGUAAAAAGGCUAAAGUCAGUGCUAAUGCUGCAAAUGCCCUUACAGCUGAGGUGACAGUCAAUCGAUUGCCAGUGUCAUCUAUCAAACACAAAAAAAUAGUCGAAGGUUCUUCCAAUGCACGGUUUGAAGCAGUUCAGGGGAAACUUAAUGAGUUGCUGGAUGGAAAUGGGGGAAUAAGCAAAAGAAAAGAUGCCACCAAAGGCUACUUGAAACUUUUGCUUCUCACCGUAGCUUCAGGUGAUAGAAUUAAUGGUGAAGCAAUUCAGAGCAAUCGAGAUCUUUCCAUGAUCCUUGACGCUCUUCUGAAAACAAAAUCUAGAGCCGUGCUGAAUGAUGUAAUUUGUAAAAAUGGUUUACAGAUGUUGCAUAAGAUCUUGAAGCAGUACAGGCAAGACUUUAAAAAAAUUCCAAUACUUCGAAAGCUUCUUAAGGUCUUAGAGUACCUGGCAGCAGGCAAGGUUUUGACACCGGAACAUAUCAAGAGUGGCCCUCCUUGUCGUGGAAUGGAGAGUUUUAGGGAAUCAAUGCUGUCUCUGACAGAGCACGAUGACAAACAGGUUCAUCAAAUUGCUCGAAGCUUUCGAGACAGAUGGAUUCCAAGACAUAGCAGAAAACGUGGCUAUAUGGACAGGGAUGAUAAUAGGGAAUCUCACAGAAAUUUCAACAGUAACAGAUUUUCAGUAUCUCAUAAUCAUAGGCAAGAGCGAUUAAGACCUAAGGAAGGAAUUGAUUGUGGUCAGCAGUCAAAUCCUGCGACAACUUCAACUUCAGUAGAUGCUGGUGCCCAGGAGAGUUGCUCUACACUGUCUUUGGAUGGAGUUGAGAUCAAAGGGGAGAAAAAACGCAAGCGCAAAAGCCGAUGGGAUCAACCGGCCGAACCGAAUUCAUAUUCUGAAGCUGUUAUUGGCUCUACCAAUGAAAGCCAGAGCAUUAAUGAAGAAAUUCCACCAGGAUUUUCAUGUCCAAUCCGGUCAUUAAACAGUGCACUAAACUCUGGUGGUCCUGUUUUGUCAAAUGCAAGUCAUUCUGGAUGGCCCUCUAGUUUGGUUACUGGUCAGCCAAAACAGAAAUUCAAUUCUCGUUUGCCUGUUUCAUAUGGAAUGCCAUGGUAUGUUGCCCAGCAAUACGGAACUCCUCAUGCUGAAAUCAAAGGGUGUUGGGUCACUGCUCCUGGCGUGCCUUUCAACCCAUUUCCUCCAUUACCCCCACAUCCACGGGAAAUCAAAGACUGUCAGCCUUCUAAUACUAAGGGCAUGGAAGUUGAUCAACCUGCUGAAAUUAAGCUACGGGAAACUGAUGGUCUGGUUAAUUGUUGCUCAGAAUCAGAUGAUAUGACUCCCAGCACAACUGGUGCUAAGUCUGAAGACACAAACCUUGAAUGCGGGGAUGAUAAACACGACCCCAAGCGAUUGAAGGGUGACUCCAAUGAUUUGGGAAAGGAUUACUUUAGACAGCAGAAAUGGAACAAUUCAAAAAUACAUCGAACAUGGUUCAAGAGGAAUGCAGGGAAAUGUAAUGGGAACAACUCUAGUGGUGUUGUGUGCAGUGUAGAUGUAGGAGAUGUAUCAAAAGAAUCAAAAGUUAAUAGUUAUUCAGAGGAUGCAGUAGAGAUGAGACAGGUGGAAAAUAAUAUUUAUUAG